AUGCAAAGUUUGAAGGACAGAAGAGCUAUGAUUGUCUCACAUAUGAAUAUGGAGGAGGAAGACGAUUUAAACCAUGAACGUUUAUGUGAAAGUGGCCCAAAUAGCCAAAAUGAGAUCCUUCACCUUCCAGAUGUAUGUUCCUUGUUGAAGAAUUCUCAAGUUGAUGUUAAUAGUAGCUUACAGAAAGAAUUCUUUUCUCUUAAGAUCAGGAAUUGUUCUUUGUUUAAGGCUGUACCUUUGCCUCAUAUCGGCAAGAAAAUGCCUCCUCAUUUGAGUGAACCAACAAGGUUAAAUUUAAGUGCAGCUGUCUCUUCAAAGGAUUCAUCUCAUCUGCUCUUUUCACCUGAGAGAGGACGACUUGAUAAGGUUUUUAACCACUUUGAAAGUACUUCUGUGACAGAUUGGCUGGAGAAAGCAUAUAAUUCCAUUAGUGACUUGGGCGUCUGGUGUUGCACUGGAGAUAAUUUUGUACAUUUUGCACAUUUCUGGCUGUCAGAGCUACAGUACAAUCAAAAAAGGCAAUUGUUGGAAUUAGAAAUGGGUAUUAUUGAGGAUGAAUUGCAACUUGCAUUUCUUGAGAAGUUGGAUUCUGAACUGCAACCUUCUGAUCUGCAUUCCAUCCUUGCUUCCUCCUUGAGUGAAUAUCCUAUGGGACUACUGAGCAACCAGAAACCGUGUAUUUUCCUUGAUUAUUUAAAUGUCAUGUCUUCAGAGCAAACAACUGCAUAUAAAAAAAUGCUUUCAAGUAUAAAAUAUACAACAAAUAAUCCUCAGGUAACACAGUGGCUACUAGCUGUACGAGCUUUUGCACUAGCAAAUCUCUGGCAUGCAGUAGUGAAGUUUUAUAAGGCAUUGGUCAGUACCAAGCUCGUUCCUGAACUACAUAUCAAGAGUUCUGUUUCUGCUACUACAAAACAAACAAAUGAAGUGGUUAAAGAAAGAGCUCUACACAGUGUCCAGCUGGGAUAUGCUGAUGUCUUGCAUUAUCUUAUUAUAAACCAGCAGCUUGACCUUGGUGCAGUAGAUGAAAAAAAUCGAAAUCUCAUAUUUUUAGCCACUAUAUAUGACCAACCAAAGAUACUGGACUAUUUUCUUGACAUGGGACUUCCCAUACCUGAUGUAAACCACGCAGCAGAAAAUGGAAACACACCACUCCAUGCUGCAGUGAAUACUGGAAAAAUGCACCUUGUAUCUUUGCUGCUGCAUUAUCCUGGUAUUAAUGUGAAUUUCCCAAAUCCCCAGUGUGAUGGAGCUACUGCUCUACAUCUUGCUAUUGUCUAUGGGUACUUGGGAAUUUGCUAUUUAUUGCUGAAUGCUGCAGCUGAUGUGGAAAGCCCCCUGGGAGAUCUAACACCUGUGCAACUUGCUGAGAAUUUUGGUAAUGAAACUAUAACUAAAUUCAUAAAGAUGCAUAUUAAAAAACUGAAACUUGAAAAUAAAAUGUUUGCCUGACGAUGUAAAGCAUAAUAGCAUUUUCCAAUAUAUCUAUUUUAAUUUUGUACAUUACACCUAUUUUAAACUUUUGACAUUACAGUACUGCUUUUACCUGAGACAUGGCAGCUUGCUAACAUUAGUUUUUAGUGGUAAAUACUGCUAUGCAGACCUGUAAGUUUUUAUAUCUUAGCCCUCUUCCUUCUGUUAUUUUAUCCUCUUCCUGGUUUUGUCUGUUCUCAACCAAACAUAUACAUGAAAGGAUACAUAUAAUCUCCUGCAUAAUAAAACUGACACUGUUUAGUUUUUAGGUAUAAAAAUACUGAGAAUAUUGAUUUCAGUUGUACUAACACAAUGAAUCAUAUUUUUAGACCAUUAUAAAUUGAGAUGUUCAUCAAUUUGGCUCCUAAGUAUUUUCUGGAUUAUUUAUGUGUGACAUUUUUUAAGACAAGAUUUUAAGAAGUGACUAAUGAUUUUUGGUGUCACCAAGUAUUUGAGUGCCCAACCUGAGACCCCUUAAAGGAGCUGCAUAAUCAAAGUGCUGAGCAUUCACCCUCUGAAAAUGAGACCCCUUUUA